CUGUGGUCUCCUCUCUCCAGAUAGCAGCACACAGGUUGGGAGUAAUGGUGCAGAGGAAUUUGGGAAAAUAAGUAAAUAUUUUCAAGUCCAGUUUAGGAUGCCGAUGGAAGGAAUAUCAGAUGGACCAGAAGAUGUUUCUGUUACGAGUGAGGAUGUGGUGGAUUUAGGGGUUCAUGUGUCUCUCUCUUGUUCUGCAAAUUCUGAACCUUCUGCUUCAUUCAGCUGGAAGUUUAAUGAAACAGACACCAAUGUGACCACAGACACAUUCACCAUAAACGAGACUGACUUCACACACAGUGGAGAUUACAUCUGCACAGCCUCCAAUAAUGUCACAAAGAGAAACGCCUCACACAAACAUGCUUUACUAGUUACUGUGGUUAAAACUGACCUAAAAAUUAGCUAAGUUUUAAUAAACGUAGCUUUGACUCUAUUU